AUGGAAACGGUUAGAGACAUCCGGGGGAGUGUCAUGGAAACGGUUAAAGACAUCCGCCGGGAGUGUCAUGGAAACGCGGAUCCCUGCAGCAAACCGAGGAGGGGAUGGUCACCUGGGAGUCAGUUGGUAGGGUUGGCUGGAGAAUCAGAGAACCAGAGGGACAUAAGCCAAGCCAGUCAGAGGGAGGCAGAGAACCAGAGGGACAUUAGCCAAGCCAGCCAGAGGGAGGCAGAGAACCAGGGGGAUAUUAGUCAAGCCAGCCAGAGGGAGGCAGAGAACCAGGGGGAUAUUAGUCAAGCCAGCCAGAGGGAGGCAGAGAACCAGGGGGAUAUUAGUCAAGCCAGUCAGAGGGAGGCAGAGAAGCAGGGGGACAUUAUCCAAGCCAGCCAGAGGGAGGCAGAGAACCAGGGGGAUAUUAGUCAAGCCAGUCAGAGGGAGGCAGAGAAGCAGGGGGACAUUAUCCAAGCCAGCCAGAGGGAGGCAGAGAACCAGGGGGACAUUAGCCAAGCCAGUCAGAGGGAGGCAGAGAACCAGGGGGGCAUUAGCCAAACCAGUCAGAGAGAGGCAGAGAACCAGGGGGGCAUUAGCCAAGCCAGUCAGAAGGAGGCAGAGAACCAGGGGGACAUUAGCCAAGCCAGUCAGAGGGAGGCAGAGAACCAGGGGGGCAUUAGCCAAACCAGUCAGAGAGAGAUGGAAUGA